AUGGAGAAGCAGCAACCGGCCGGCGACGACGUCGUCAACCUGGACCUGCGCCUCAUCCACCCAUCGGCGGCGGCGGCGUCCCGCGGCGUGGGCGGCAGGCACCGCGACCUGCCCCCUGCGGCGGCGGCCGCCGCCGACCCCGACCGCACCUUCUCGUGCACCUACUGCCGGCGCAAGUUCUUCAGCUCCCAGGCUCUAGGCGGCCACCAGAACGCGCACAAGCUGGAGCGCAGCCUCGCCAAGCGCAGCCGCGAGCUCUCCGGCGCCGUCGCCGCCGGCGCGGCCAUCUCCUCCUCCUCCUCCGUGGGCGCAGCGGCGGCCUCCGAGCUCGGCAGCUGGUACCCGGCGGCGCACGCCCGGGGCGCGGGGGACCAGGCCGCCGCCGCCGCGGCCGUCGUCAGCUGGAUCGCCGACGGCGGGCGCCGGCACGCGUACCACCGCGUGCAAGCCGCCGCCGGAGACGCCGACGAUAUCGACCUCUCGCUCAAGCUGUAAGCUGGUAGCUAAUCAAUGCGCGCCUGGCACGAGCGACGACGCACGCUCGUUCAAGCAUCGCCAUCCAACUCGCAAGCUUGCUUUUGAUCUUGUGAACUGCUUUAGUGUUCUUGCAGCUCGUUUGCUUGUUAUCCGAUUGAUCAGUUGUUCCAGUACAGUAACAUAGGUUGAUUAAUUAAUUGCAUC